GUCACUGUCAAGAACUCAGCCCGACGGAUCAGGGCUGCCUCAUGCAUGGCAUCGAUGGCAAAGCAUGCAGUUGUGACGAUCGACUCAUCAAGAUACAUUGGAUGGUGAAGUGGCUAUCAUACUAAGCUGGCUGAAGAUCCGUGAGCUUCCUACAUGCAGAGUUUUCUUCGUUUUGUCCUCUUACUUUUACUAUUCGGGACAACGACUACAGUACCAAAAUGUCGCACUCAACGUUUGUCUCCGUGCAUCUGAUUUGGGCUGCCGCCCUCAUUUGUUCCAUUUCUGCCUUUGGGUUUUCGGCGCAAAGUUCCAGGACCAACCGUUGUCCCCAGAAGCUGCAAGCUGCCCCAUCUUCGUCCAUAACGACAACUCCAUUGGAAGAGAUGAAAGAUGAAUACGAUGUCAUUGUGAUUGGCUCUGGCAUCGGGGGCCUUUCCUCUGCAGCCAUGCUAUCAUUGUAUGGAUAUUCUGUUGCCGUCCUGGAAUCACACUAUUCACCGGGAGGUGCUGCCCAUGGAUUCAGCGUGAAACACUCUACUGGAGCCUACCACUUUGACACGGGUCCAAGCUUCUUUUCUGGCUUGAAUCCCAAUUUGAAAGCCAAAGCAUCCAAUCCACUCCGAACAAUCCUGGAUGCCAUUGGAGAAUCCGUAGAAUGCGUUCCCUACACUUCCUUCGGUUUGAAGUUCCCGGAAGGGGACUUUUUGCACACGGUCAAUUUUGGUGGGAACAAUCCAGAUGCUGGCAACACUCAGUCACCGUUGGAAGAGGUGGCAGGACCCGAUGCCACGGCAGAAUGGCAGCGGUUGAUGGACGCCAUGAAACCACUUGCAAAAGCGGUGGAUGCCAUGCCAACGGCAGCUCUGCGAGGAGAUCUCAGCGCCCUCGUCACGGUGGCUCCAUUUCUCAAAAACUUUGCCCUUCUGAAUCCACUCGAGAAUCUCAAAUUGACACAACCCUACUCCAACAUUCUCGAUCAGGCAUCUGUCAAGACACCCUUUACGCGCAAUUGGCUGGACUUGUUAUGUUUUUGUCUGAGUGGAUUGCCGGCCAAUGGAACCAUCACGGCAGAGAUGGCUCUGAUGAUGGGUGAAUUCUACGAUCGCGACGCCAUCAUGGACUGUCCCAAGGGUGGCGCCAAUGCCAUUGUCGAUGCACUGGUGAGAGGCAUUACCAAGCAUGGCGGUCAAGUCUUUUGCAAUUCACAUGUACAACAAAUUCUACUGAAUGACAACAACAAUAAUCGAGCUACAGGUGUGAGACUGAAACGAAAGGAUCGUGCAGUGACUGCCAAGCAAGCUGUUGUUAGCAAUCUGUCCGUGUGGGACUUACUGCGCAGUGGUAUACUCGAAACAUCAGCAUUACCAUCAUCCUUUGUCCAACAAGGACUAGAAACACCACUCGGCAAGAGUUUCAUGCAUUUGCACAUUGGAUUCCAAGCAACGAAGGAAGAGUUGGAUCGGUUGCAAGCACAUUACUUGUGCAUAGAGGAUUGGUCCCGUGGCGUGGAGGCCCAAGACAACGCAGUCUUGAUAUCCAUCCCAUCCGUACACGACAAUUCGUUGGCACCCGCUGGGCAUGCCGUGUUGCAUGCCUAUACACCUGCCACGGAAGAAUAUGAACGAUGGACCCACUUGAGAGACAAGCGACAGUCUCUCGAAUACCAACAACUCAAAGAGGAACGUAGCCAGUAUCUUUGGAAAGUUCUGGAAGACAUCAUUCCGGACAUUCGAGAACGUGCCACUGUGGUCCAGGUUGGAACUCCCUUGACACACGAACGAUUUUUGCGACGACACGCCGGUUCCUACGGUCCCGCAAUUGUGGCAGGAGAAGCUUCGUUUCCCUUUCCCAAGACGCCACUAUCCGGGUUGCUAUUGUGCGGUGACUCCUGCUUUCCUGGCAUUGGAGUUCCCGCUGUUGCCGGAUCUGGGUUGUUGGCUGCACAUUCGGUAUCGUUGUCAUCCAUUCCCAAGCAGCAAAAGUUGCUAGAAAAGCUACAGCAGCAAUGACGGUCCUUUGAAGGAGGAUCUACGGUAGGGCCAUGAUCAGCUGCUAAAUAUAUGAUAGUCAUAGCUACAAGAUUAGUCAAUGACAUAAGGAUACUGAUCAAAUCUCUCACUUGAUUCUCAUAUUCGUGAGGUCUCCUCACGAUUUAAACAUAGAAGGGGG